AUGGGCCGCGCAAAUAGUUCCACGCUUCACUGGACGACGUGCCCGUCGGGCGCGUUGACACCAACCCAGCUAUUUGAAGCACUACGAAUUUACCAAGAGGAAGCUAUCAUGCUAGACUCGCAGCGCCACAGGCGAGGAGAACACAGUAUUAUGGGAAUCCUUAUCCCUGGUCAAACCAUCAAGGUUUCUUACGAGACCGAACCUCAAAUGCUUCGCUAUGGCACAGGCCUCCCCAAUACAUCAAGAAACGUUGUAAUAGAUUCUAUUGACAAUCUCUGGGCUCUCCUUCAACAAGUUCUUGAUGUAUACAGCGUUCAGGGCUCCCAGGUGUGUCUAAAUCCCUCUUCGGGUGACCAUCGCUCUGAGCCGAGCAAUUUGGAGAUUGAGACCUGUCCUACCAAGAGCCCCUUCUGGGGAGGGUUCAUGGGCUACAUUUCGUACGAAGCCGGGCUUGAAACUAUUGAUGUUCCUGCGUGGCCUGGAGCCACAGAAAGCCAGAGCAACAUCCCUGACGUCAACUUUGCCUUUGUCCAGCGGAGCAUCGUCUUCGACCACGCCGCAUCCCAGAUUUACGUCCAAUCGCUCGUGGAAGAUGACCGAGAUUGGCUCGUCCAGCACCCCCAGGAGGUCGGUUCACAAGAGGAAGAUACAGCACUCAAUGAGACCCUGGCGGGUGCGCGAAUCAUGAAGCCCUCAGAAGCAGAAUACCGUGCCAAGGUCCUCGCGUGUCAACAGUAUCUCUCGUCUGGAGACUCGUACGAGCUCUGCCUGACAGACGAAACGACAAUCACCUUUCCGGGCCCUGUCAAUGCCUGGAGUCUCUACAAACGCCUCCGACGCAGGAAUCCCGCACCUUUUGGCGCUUUUCUCCGGCUUUCGGAUGCACUUGUCGUCGGCAGUAGCCCCGAGCGGUUCCUGCACUGGGAUCGAGCCGGAAGAUGCGAGUUCAGACCGAUCAAGGGAACCGUGAAGAAGUCGGAUACUAUGACUCGGGAAACGGCGCAUGCGAUCCUCAAUAGUUCAAAGGAGAGAGCCGAGAACCUAAUGAUUGUUGACCUGAUUCGACACGAUCUGAGUGGUGUCGUUGGGGCGCAAAACUGCGCAGUGUCCAAGCUCAUGGUGGUCGAGGAAUACGAGACCGUUUACCAGCUUGUCUCGGUAAUUCAAGGGAAGCUUCGGAUUCCCGAUCCCGAUCAGGCUUCUCGGCCGAGGGGGCUCGACAUCCUACGCAAGUCCUUGCCGCCGGGUUCCAUGACGGGGGCUCCCAAGAAGCGGUCCUGCAAGAUUCUCAGGGAAAUUGAGCAGCGAGGCCGGGGUAUCUACUCUGGCGUGAUAGGCUACUUGGAUAUCGGAGGCGCAGGGGACUUUUCGGUUGUCAUUCGCACCGCAGUUCGCCAUGAACCCGGUGUAAAUGGGCAGGGCGAGAGAUGGCACAUUGGUGCUGGGGGGGCGAUUACCGUGCAGAGCACAGACGAGGCCGAGUAUCGGGAAAUGGAGGUAAAAGCAACAGGUGCUCUGAUCGCUUUUCUGCCAGACAAGGUACAGGGUGAGCCAUAG